GAAUCGCCACAUCCUCUUCUAUCCCACCUGCUUCCUUGCACAUAAGACCUUUCCCUUUUUUGAACUCUCUCUCUCUUUCUCUUUCUUUCUAUUUUUCGUGAUCGCAGGUGUCCACUUCCAUCACAUCCUUUCUGUCCAACUGCAUUGCAAUCUCACUUGGCAGACUAUAUCGUUUCAUCCAGAGGAAUUGUGAUGGAGCAAAAUAAUGCUCACCAAACGGAUACGUCGAACACACCAAUCUACAAAAUGCCUACUCCGACCGAAGAGGAUAUGCAAAUGCGGCUGGUCAUGAUAGACGACUUGAAGCUCUUCCUUGCUACCGCUCCAACAAACUGGAACCAAGAUAGUCCCAUCAAACAGUUCCCCUUACCAACAGGGGAACAUUUGUCUUGCAUUCUUUGGGGAAAACUUUUCCAUAUAACAGGAACGGACAUCGUCCGCAGCCUUAUGUUUCGCUUCCAUGCGUUUGGUCGCCCAGUCAGUAACCUCAAGAAGUUUGAAGAAGGCAUAUUCAGUGAUCUUAGGAACCUUAAGCCGGGCACUGAUGCCUGUUUGGAAGAACCAAAGUCUGAAUUCUUAGAUCUUUUGUAUAAGAAUCGAUGCAUACGAACGCAGAAGAAGCAAAAAGUGUUUUACUGGUACUCUGUACCGCACGAUAGGCUCUUCCUGGAUGCUUUAGAGCGUGACUUGAAGCGAGAAAAAAUGGGAAUCGAGCCAACCAGUAUUGCCGUUGCUCAGCCGGCAAAAUCGAUUUCUCUCGAUACCACUCAAGAACUUUUUGAUGAUUUGAGAAAGUCACUCUGCCUAUCAUCUUCAGAUGUUUACAAUGAUACCUUUUAUCCUGGUGGUAUGUGCGCAGAUCCUUCUAUGGUUCAGAACAGCCAUCCAUCUGGUCAACAGGCUGGUACUACCAUUCAGACUUGGCCAACGCCUGUCAUGCUUGAUAUGGAAACCAACACAACAGCUCAAGCCAACGACCCCCACCAAGAUUCAAUUGCUUGGAUGGCGGUCUCCCAUUCCGAAGAUAUCAAUUCUAAUGAGGCAUCCCGAAAGGCAGGUAUGAUAACCUCGUCGGCAAUUAUUUCGGGUUCGGCUUCUUCGCUGGGUGGAGAAAACCAACAAUUCUCGCCACCACAGCCGCCUUUGGUCUUGCCACACUCUUCCAAAACACUCCAUAGGGCUACUCAAUCCGUCACUUCCGUCCUUUCUGCAGAUGAAUCAAUGGAUAGCUUUGACGAUGAGGGAAGUACUGGCUCAAGAAAUACCAUGUCACCACGUACUGACGUACAGCCAGUGAUGUUGUCUGUUGCAAGCCAAAAUUCCAUGAUGUUCGAUCGAUCUUCUGCCAUAGAUCCUAUCGCCAGUGAUUUUAACCGGCUUCAAUUGGCGAGCAAUUCCAGUUUGGACGCUUCUUCCAUAUUACCGUCAAGGUCUGUGGAUACCAACUCUUUACGAAAAUCAGCCACUCUUUUUGGCAUGUUCUCUUUAUUUGAGGGUUCGCCAAGUUAUAAACAGCGGCGUAGAAGAUCUACAUCUAUUUCCGUACCCUGCCAACAAAAUCGGCCACUGACAGCCAAUGAUACCCUCUUUACUCGAGCCUACUCGAGACCUGCAUAUACCCAUAAUCGUUCUUGUUCACAGCCAAAUUUUGGAAUGGUAUAUAACCACCAGCAAGACCAAGGACUUUCCGGCCAGCCAAUGUCUUUAUAUGGCCAUCCUGGCACCAACGCUGAUAUGCUUCAGUCCGGCAAUGGGGAUGAUGCUGGCUCCAACCCGUUAACACGCUCGUAUAUUUGCCCUAUGCCUACUUGUGCGAGACUUUUCAAGAGACUGGAACAUCUGAAAAGACAUCUAAGAACCCAUACCAUGGAGCGUCCUUAUGUGUGCUCCAUAUGUGGCAAACGAUUUUCUAGAUCGGAUAAUUUGGCUCAACACAAGAAGACACAUGAGAGGCGUCGUGAGAGAGGGCUGAAUACGGCGGGGACAGUGGAUAGCAAAAGUGGUGGCGAAGACGAAGUUAGCGGUCAUAACAGGCCUGCAAGCUAUAGUGAUACCUCUUGUUCAGAAGUCAACGCUGCAUCUCCAGAACGGAGCCAUUCUGGUAAAAGACGUCGUGGUAUAUUAGCUCAUGACGGACAAACUGGCUGUACAUUGGAUGCAAAGGCAGAGCAAAUAACAGGAAUGGAUACAGAUGAUUACCAAACACUUCGAUCAGCCAAUUAUCCUCUCUAUCAUGGCAAGCAAUUCAAAGCAGUCUAACGACGGUGGAUCCUCCAGCUCUGAUACUUCACCCCCGCUCUCUCAAAUAAAC